AUGGGCACCUCUCAACGAGGAAGGCGCAACAACAACAAAUCGAGUUGCUCCAACAGCAACUUGAACGUAGUGUUGCUCCAACAACAACAACAGCAACACGUUUUGCAGCAGCAGCAGCAACUUGAAGCAUUGCAGCAGCAGCAGCAACAACAACAGCAAGCCUUGCAACAACAACAACAGCAGGCCUUGCAACAACAGCAACAACAGCAAGCUUUGCAGCAGCAACAGCAACAAGCUUUGCAGCAGCAACAACCACAAGCUUUGCAGCAGCAGCAAGCACAACAACAGGGUCCACAAACAAUCCCUACCCAAAAAGGAAACGAGAGCCCUGGCUCAGAAAAUGAAAACACGGGCCGAUGUGCUUUAUGCUGA